AUGUCCGUUGACAGCCAACACCACAACAUCGUGGCAAUAGAAGCCGUACACUGCCCAAUUCCGGCCUUCGAUCUCCCCAAACCGCAGAACUACACUCUCACCCAACACCAAUGGACCUCCCAAUCUGAGCUGGCACCGCGCAUUAAGGACGCCACUAUCAUCAUCACGACAACCAUCCCCCUCACGUCCAACGAAUUGAGCGCCGAGCUCACCCCCCACCUACGUCUCAUUGUAGUCAUGGCUACAGGUACCGACUGCGUGGACAAGGAAGCUGCCCGGUCCCGGGGGAUCCCCGUAUGCAACUGUCCCGGCACCAACGUCGAGAGCGUUAGCGAGCAUGCCAUCGGGCUUUACUUCGCGACUCGGCGCAAGAUCGUGCAGCUCCAUUGCGCGACAACAGCAGUCCCAGAUUCUCCGGGGCAGGAUACCGAGUGGAAGACAACGGGCUCAUUGCAUCGGCGACUACGCUCGAAGGACGGUCAUGCGCCGGUGCUAUGCGGACGAGAGACUCUGGGCGUGAUCGGGUACGGGGCGCUCGGGCAACGGAUCGCGAAAGUAGGCGAGGCUCUCGGGAUGAGGGUCCUGAUUGCAGAGAGGAAGGGCGGGCAGCAGCAGCAACAGCCGCGCGAAGGACGUACGACGUUCGAAGAGGUUCUGAGAGAAGUAACGGUGGUGAUUCUCUGCUUGCCGCGGAAUCCGGAGACGGUUGAUUUGAUAUCGGAGGAUGAGUUGAAGACGAUGCGUCCGCAGGCGCUGCUGAUCAAUGUUGCGAGAGGCGGGAUUGUGAAUGAGGGUGCGCUACUGAAGGCGCUCAAGCAGGGGUGGAUUGAGGGGGCUGCGACGGAUGUGUUUGCGAAAGAGCCGGCGGGGAGAGGAGACUCGCCGUUGUUGAGUGCUGAGGCUCAGGGACUGAAUCUGGUUUUGACGCCUCAUUUGGCGUGGUUAUCGGAGGAUACGUUGGUGAAUCUGCAGGAUGCGGUUAAGUAUACGAUUGAGCGGUGGUGCAGAGGCGAGACGGUCAAUGAGAUUGCCCGUUAG